AAUAAAUUGGGAGAAAACUAUGAGACAAACAUUAUUCCCAUCUGCUCUGCUAAUUACGUGUGUCCACCCGCUGAGCGCCAAGCCCCCCCUCCUGUCCCCGGCUCCUCGCGGUUCACUGUCGGGCACUGCCCCCCUGCCCCGGAUCGCGGCGCUCGCCUGUCUCCUCGCAGGACCCGUCCGCCGGCACCCAUAAUCCCCCGCGCCGAGACAAGAUGGAGGAGAGCAGCAGCUGCGGGAGAACAAUGUUUGGGCUUUGAAGGCGCGAUCGCGGGAGGAAAAGAAAGAAAUAGGGAUCGCAAGUACUCGCAGGCGUAACGCGGACGGAGGCGGCCGGCGGUGGUCAUGCGCUGGAUAGCACCAGUUGGCCCCAGUUAGUCUCCCGUGCCUGCCGUCAUCAUGAGCAUCAUUCAAGACAAGAUCGGAAACGAGUUCCUGCGCAACGGUGCCAUGGAGCCCAACUUUGCGCAGGGCAUGAUCAUGUUCAGCCACCUGCCGCCUGUCACCAGCUUCACGCGGCUGGCCGCGCACUCCGGCGUGCACGAGCUGCAGCCGCCCGAGAUGGUGCUGAAGAAGGAGCGCGACUCACCCGACGGGGUCGUCGGGGUCGACUACGCGCACGCUGCCGGCAUCAAGCAGGAGAAACUGACUGAGCAUGAUUUCCGUCUGCCGCUGUACCCGGGGGGCGUGGCCAAGGGCGGCGAGCUGCUAGAGGUGUCGCUUGGCAACCACCAGAGCCUGCUGGUGCACGACCUCAGUCUGGGAAACCUGUCCGGUAGGCUGAUAAAAGAGUCGUCCGCAAGAAGGGGCCGGAAGUCCAACGGGGACGGACUCGAAGGAAAGCCGAGGAAGAAGCGUGGUGGUGACUCCAAGACCCUCAUGCUGAAUGGUGAAGGGGACAGCCUGUCUCCUAGCUCCAAGCCCCACAUCUGCGAGCACUGCAAUGCUGCUUUCCGCAGCUCCUACCACCUGCGCAGACACGUGCUCAUACACACGGGGGAGCGUCCUUUCAGAUGCAGUCAGUGCAACAUGAGCUUCAUCCAGAAGUACCUCCUUCAGAGACAUGAGAAGAUUCACAGCGGCGAGAAGCCGUUUAGCUGUGACCAGUGCAACAUGCGGUUCAUCCAGAAGUAUCACAUGGAAAGACACAAGAGGACGCAUAGUGGAGAAAAGCCAUACAAGUGUGACACCUGCCAACAGUAUUUUUCCAGGACGGACCGAUUGCUAAAGCACAAGAGGACCUGUGGAGAAGCCAUAAAGAAAGGGAUGGAGCCCGGGACGUCAGACCAGGCUGGCGGCAACAUGGAGCACGGUAGCUAUGCGAUCACUCAGGGAAAUGCUUCCAGCCGCAAGAGAGGCAAAUCCAAAGGUACCGGGGAGGCCGGUGAGCGGAAGAAGAAGAAAGCCAGCGGAGUCCAGGCCACUGCCACAGGGCUUGGCCUGUCCGACUACGCGUUGGGUGGGCCUGAUGUGCAGUCGGACGCCCCACACAGUCGCGCACCCAAGCUGAUCUUCAAGAAGGUCGGUCGCAAGGGUCUGGAUAAGGCCGACCUCUCCCUGGGCGAGGGCUCCGCCGAACACCAUGAGCAGAAGAUGCUGCCUGACAAAGCGGACCUGGCUGGAGGAGGCCUGGGACUCCUGCCGGGUUCCGGUGCCAAGCAGAGCUCCACCAGCAGCAACUACGACGACGCCAUGCAGUUCCUGAAGAAGCGGCGCUACCUGCAUGCGGCCAACAGCGGCGACUACGACGUUGGUGCCGCCCACCUGCCCUCGCAGCCCUCGGUCAUCCAGGGGACGGGCAGCGGCGUGCUGGACGGCGAGACGCCCCUGGGGUUGCUGGACGCCUCGCCGUUGGGUGUGGACAUCAAGCACGACAAAUCGGGCAUCCCGGACGAGGUGCUGCAGAGCCUGCUGGAUCAUUACUCGGGGAAGCCGGACGGAGGUCACGACGUCCCUUUUGACAUCGGCGACCAGCAUGUGGAGCUGCACCAGCCGGCCGAUGCCGCCGAUGAGGGCUCCCCUGGUGCUGCUGGUGAUAAGGCCGUCAUCAUGCACGAGUAUUCCCGCUUCCUCCUGCAGGCCCUGGAGCGCACCAGUCACGGCAGCAGCUUCCCACUGGGCCCCAGCGCACCCCUUCCCAGCCUGGCCUCUGGCAGCCCCCUUCCGGUCACCGGGCUGUUCUCCGACAAGCACCCCUACACUACGUCCGCCCUGGAGUGCAGCUUUGGCCCGGCGGCAGCCUCUGUGCCGCCCGGCUCCUUGCCCAAGUCCCACUUUGGGAUGCUCCUGGGUCCCCCUCAGCCGGGCUUCCACCUCGGGUCAUUGGAGCCGGCCCACCAGCAGCUGACACCCUCCCAGGAGCUCGCCGACCAGAUCGAGAAGCCUCACUCCCCCACAGCCUACCAGAUCUCCGGGGCCGGCGCCAAGGAGCCGCCGCCCAAGUCCAGCUCCGGCUACCAGCUCUCCUCGCCAGACCUGGCCCCGAUGGAGCCUUCCGGCAAGGGCGUGGACGUCCGGACCUCGUACCAGAUCGAGAACUUCGCCCAAGCCUUCGGGUCCCAAUUCAAGUCGGGCGGCCGGCUCUACAGUGCUGACUCCAGCGGCGAGGUCGACCACCGGGUACGGACUUCUGCGUCAGAGUUCUCAGGGUAUACCAGUUUGUUAGCUGACGUCAAUGAGCCAGUUAGGUCAGGAUCUAAGUCUCCGACGAGCCAAAGUUACAGGUAAGGUCUGACAUAGUCGACCUAAUUGCAGGUCUGUUUUUUUUUUUUUUUGUUUUAUUUUUUAAAUAAGGUUAUGUUUUAAUUAUUACACUGCCAUAAUGUUUAUUCAAAAUACAAUUAGGAGAGGCUGGUGGGCCCUCCUGUAAUGCAAUUUUUUAAUUUUUUUUUUUUUUUUUUUAAUUUUAAAUCUGUUACUAGUCAGCUUUAUUCACCUUAGCAUAACGUUAGGACCGAGCGUCGAAUGGUAGAACGAAAAGUAUUUUCUAUGCGAGAUUAGCGUGUAGUGAAGGACUGGCUUUUUUUUUUUUCCCCCCCCUCCCCCUCGCGUGUGUUCCCUAUGAGCCUAUGUGUUUUAUCAAUCAUCUUUACCAUUGUAAGAUAUCAGCGAUAACGAUUAAAGACGACAUCAGGGAAUAGCCCAGAUUUGAAAUGGCAAAAAAAAAAAAUUAAAAAAAAACUUCCAAAAAAAAAAAAAAGAUAUUGUC